GAACAUCUGAGUGGAUUAAUCGCUCCGAGGACUUUAAAAGGGGAAAAUGGGACAGAGACAGGGAGAGGGAUACCACAAGCUCAUCACACAGCAUCAGAAACACACUUUGAGACUCCAACAAAAGUAACUCAUCAAAAUGGCAGACGUAGCCGUUCCUGUCGACAAGAAGUCAGCGCCCAAAUUCAAGCAGAGGGCCAUGCGCACCUUCAAGAGCAAGGCACCCAAACCCGGCCAGAAGGGAUUUGGAGACGACAUCCCCGGCAUGGAGGGUCUUGGUACAGACAUCACAGUGGUUUGCCCAUGGGAAGCCUUCGGGGACAUGGAGCUCAGCGACUUGGCGAAAUAUGGAAUUGUUUAGCCCUCUUCCCUCUGCCCUUACCCGUAUUAUCACAGUCGUCCCUCUUGUAUUUCAACUAUUGACUUAGCUGCUGAAAACCUCGUACUUGUGUGCUCUAGAGAGGAGGCAGCUAUUUGAUUAUUCAAAGGUUUGACCUGGAAAAAAUAAAUCCAGCACUCUCUCUUGUCUCAUGCACUUUAUCUGCUCCUGCAUUUCCACCAUUUCUCCAGCGUCCUCGUAACGAGGUGUGUCAGCAGCUCUGGACCUGAGCUGGUAUUUUCCACUGAGAACAAAAAGAGAAUUUAUUCUGCUAGUGUGGUAUCCCAGUAAUGUUCCAC